AUGGAGGUUUGGUAAGUUCUUUUUAUUUUUUAGAUCUUUUAGAUUAAUAUAGGCUUCACAAAUAGCCUAUAAGUAGUCCGAAGUCAGGAAAAAAUGUAAUUUUUUAAUCGAUUUUUUGAUAUUUGAUUCAGGUCUGGCAUCGGUGAAGAAUUGAACAUGGUUCAGAAAUGGUUUUGUUACCUACUUCAAUGGGAGUUUCGUAAGUUCUUUUGAUUGUUGAUUGUUUUAGAUUAAUAUAGGCUUCAAAGUUAGUCUCUAAGAAUGUGAGAUGACAGAGAAGUGUUGUUUGAAUAGAACACACUUUUUAGAAUUAUCUGAAACAACUUGAGGACGAAGGUAAAUGCGUCUUUAGCACAUUUUUGUUAUUUCUUUAUAGAUAACUUUAAUGAACUUUGAAUUAAAAUUAGGGAAAGGUUCAUUGAAUCAUGAGGAAGCUUCUCUAGAAGGUUAUAUCAAAUUUAUUAACUUAUAGCAGCUUUUUUUAUUUUUAGGUAACAACAAACUAAAAAGUAGAGCGACUAUUAAUAGUACCAGACCUAGUCGUACUCCAUUGGCUACGAUGGUGUAUGUUUACUCUAUUAAAGCUGAUGACAUUCAUUCUAUUUUGGUUGAUAAUCUUUAUUCGAUGCUUCAGUGA